CUUCUCUUGCGGUGUUUACGGUCGCUGCUGCUGAAGCCGGAAGUGUUUUCGUCCGCGGCUUCUGAAGGUACAGUGAGAGCGCGAUGGUCUGGACGCGUCCGGAAGUGAAGAUGGCGAGCAGCAGCGCCGUGUUUGAGAGCAGACUGAAGCGCGUGCUGGAGGCCGCAGUGUCGGAGAUCCUGCAGCUGCACGAGGAUGCGCUGAUGCUGAUGCGGGUGCAGAUCCAUCAGAGAGACGCGCAGAUCGACGCGAUGAAGAGCAGAGUCACGGCGCUCGAGAGCGGCUUACAGCGCGUCACCGCUGCCAGCAGCACGGCACGUCUCGUUCAGAAACCUGCUUCUCAUCUUCAUCACGCUACGAGUCUAGACUCCAACCAGACACACACUGAUCCACAGCAUCAUUCCUGUGGAGAAACACACACACACAUCAUCUGCGCAGACAGAGAGGACGCUCCUCAAAGCGAGGAAGACUUUGGUGGACUGCUGGAGGUGGAGAUGAAGCAGAGCUUUCCGUCUGAAAUCAUAGAUCCGCAGAUGACUGCAGACACAGACGCAUGCCCACUCGCAUCUGCAGAAAGCGGCUCCUCCGUCGCUUCUGGACAAACCUUAAACAAUCUCAACUUUGAAUCCCUAAACCAGAACUCGUGCACCGACAGAACCGAACCAGAUUUCAUCCGAGAUGAGAAUCUGAGCCGCAGCUGCGCAGAAGGACGCGCGUUCGCGACGGCGGCGCACCGGAGAGAAACGGUGCAUGAGAAGUGGUUCAUCUGUUCGUUCUGCGGGAAGAGCUUCGAUCGCUUCAGUCACCUGCAGAUGCACCAGCGCAUUCACACCGGAGAGAAACCCUACCACUGCGCAACCUGCGGAAAAAACUUCUCCCAGCAGAGCAACCUGCGCACGCACCAGAAGAUCCACCACAAGACGCGCACGCGCACGUGAAAAACUGGAUGCACCGAUAUACUGAUAUAUCAGCCGAGUGUUAAGAAGCAACAGAUGAUCAGAGUCGAUCUAAAGCGUGUCAGACAGCAACUUGCAUGAUGCAAAUGUUUCUUGUGUCCAGAUUAAAGCAAUAAUAACCGGGUUUUAAACCAGGUUGCCAUAUUUCUCCCUUCACAGAACAUUAUUCGUUAACAUUCCUCCAAAGAGAUGUGUGCUUUGUUACUUCUGAUUAGAAAGUCUCAGCUUUUAAAUCCCGUGCGUUUUAUCACAAAAUACAAACAAUUAAUGAUCAGAGAGCCAGUCUCUUCUGCUUUAUUACAAGUUACAGCACAAAAUAAACAUGAACGAACAUCAAAAGCUAUGUUGGAAAAUACAGAUUCAUG